UCACCUAUACCGAACUCAAAUUCUCCCGAUUACAACCAUUUUACUCCAUGCAAAACACAGUGUGAUGUAAAGUCAUUUCACAGGGACAAUGGACACUUAAGUCUGGACAAUUUUACCUGACCCAGUGAUACACAUAAUGGGAGUGUACCGAUUGGACCCCCCAAUCACCAGGUAAAUAUCAGGUAUCCCCACUCACAGGGGGAAAAAAUGUCACAGGAUUAUAAAAAUACAUAUCUCUAAUGCAAGGUAAUUACAGCUUGUGUUUUACUUCUUCUGAUGAGGCCUACAGUCAACCUCUGAGGUUAGGAAUGACUUUAUGAGCUGUUUACUGCAGUAGUUAUGAUCGGAUUUCAGGAAAUGGACAUAGAAUUCACGCAAUUUCUUCUGGCGUAAUUAAAUCCGUAAGUCGGUAUGGCAAAACAUGACUAUAUGUUACCUAUUACUGUAGGACUAUAGUAUCUAUUUACAUCAGAUUGUAAACAAUUUCUGUGAUAAGUAUCAAACUAUGCAACUUAAUUUCACGGGGAAAAUAAUUUUCAGCCAAAAAAUUACUUUUAUAAAUAAUUUUUCUUUCAAGACAAAAUAAAAAUGAUUUCAUUAUAAUGCUAUUCUUUUAUUGUAAAGAAUGUCCCGUCUUUCAUAUGUGUAUUCAGCUAUGUCAGGAAUUUUUGAACAGAAGAAAAUUGUCUCCUAGACAACUGAGUGAAUGCAAAUUCAACUACAAGAGAAAUAUCCACACACUCAGAAACAUUGCAAAUGAAUGCUAUUUGGACGAACAAGAUAACAGGGAAAACAAAAUCAUUAAUAAAAGCCUUUCUUUUUCAAAAUGGGAGGUUUUUAAUAACCAAUUCAUCCACAGAAAGAAAUACAUGUAGAUUAAAAUAUCCCCAAGAUACUGCCGUCUCUAAGAAACAUUCUAUCAAGACAGAAAUCUUUGCUGUUCAAGAUAAUGAAAGAAAUAUAAAUUUUGCUUAAAUUUUAUAAAAUAGACUUUUGACUAUAUAUCUAUAAAAUCAAAGAAUUAAGUGAUGCCAAAAAUGCCAAAAACAAAAUCAAGAAAAAAAUUCAGAAUUUUUGCUCUUAUUUUCUGAUAUAUUGAGAUCUUUCUUUUGAUUUAUGUUAGCUUUUCUUAUUUCUCUUAAUAAACAUUUAUUAUGUCAUUCAUUAUGAUUUUUGAUGAAUAAGUCCCUGUUUUAUCAGAUCCUUUGUUCUUAAUAGAGAAAUGAGAAGUGCCAAAAUGCUGACAAAACUUGCUAUGAUAUUAUUCAGUGCAAUGCUUUGAUGGAGGUAAUUUGAGUGUGGUACAUGAUAUCAGGCUGCCUUCUGGUAACGGUCCAGAAAUGCAGCCAUUUAAACCACUGGACUAAGGACACAGUAUAGCGAAUACAUCUUAUUAUUCAUAUAUUUCACAUUUUUAAACAUUUCUCUUUUUAUUUACAGUUUUUGUAUUAAAUUAUAAACAAAAAAUCAAAAACCUAAUUCACAUAGUUUUUUUUAAAGAAAACUAUACUUCAUUCCAAAGUUCUGAAUUAUACUUCUAAAAAAAAAAGCCCACUUUCCUUUCCUCAAAAUUGACUUUAAAAGUAAAAAAAAAAGAUGCAAGACUUGUCAAUCGCUUUCAGGAGUUUGAGAAUACCAGUAAUUGCAUGGUGCUGUUGUCUUGUCCAUAACAAUUCUACUACAAUUUUACACUAAUUAGUACUACAGCUUUCAAGCUUUAAUUCAAAAAUAUUUCAAGGAAUUGGUCAGUAAUUUAAGAAACAAUUUGAAAGGAAAAUUGAAGAAAUCCAUCAUCAUAAAUUAAAAUAGGAUAAAGCUUUUAAAGAAAUUCAUCAUCAUGAAUUAAAAUAGGAUAAAGCUUGAUGUGCAUUUCAUUCUCUGCUCCAUCUCAGUACAAACAGAUGAGCUGGAGUGAAAUGGGGGGGGGGGGGGGGGGGAAGUAAGAGAUAAUAAUCAAAAUAACACCUGGUUGUUAUAACAAACAAAAAUAAAUAUGAGUGUGUGGGCGUGAGGAAACAUAUAGCUCAGUAUUGAGAAAAAUUUCUUUAAUUUCAAUAUUCAGCACUACUAACAACCAUAUACGAUAUCAGUCUCCUUCCACCUAUAUGUAUAUUUAUUUUUUGUAAUUCUCCCUUUGGUCUUUUUUGUAACACUUUUAAGUUAAUUAGCGCCUUUAAUGCAGUAUCAUUUUCCCACCCUUGGUAAGUGUUGUUAAGGAGAGCUUCCUUGAAGUUGGAACUUAAUCUACUAGAUCAUAUCCCACUCCAACUGUGAAUCUAAUGCACACUUCAUCAGCAUCCAACAAGCUCAGAUGCUAAAUCAGCCUCGUGUCUUUUUAUCUGCAUUUUUUUUGACAAAUGAGGGUGUCUUCCCCAGUGUCUGGGGCUGGGAGAUUGAUCACCUCUCUGUGUCCUCCGCCAGACCCCACUCCCAACACCUGCCAGUCCAGGUAAUCUUUCACCUGUGUGACGACAUCCUUAUGGAAUGCAUGUCAUUUUUUAUUCCUGAUGCAAGGCUGGCUUAUGUAGUCAGUUAUAUCAGGUAACAGACUGCAGGGGGUACGAUUUCAAGAAAAUCCAUAUUUUAUUUUACUUACUACAAUAAAGAAUCGAAGUCCAUGUAGUGAUCCAACAACUGCCAAUAAAAUGCCAUUGAAAGUUGUAAUUUCCAAUUGGCUAAUUGAUGAACAGGAAAUGUUUAAAAUUUGACAUUUUAAAUGAGUUUUUCUGUAGAUAUUAAUGUCUAAACUGCAGGCAGUGUUCAUUUCAUAACUCAAUAAUUUGUAAAAUGUGUCACAAAAAAAUGUGAAUUUUCCAGACAACUGUGAUCUCAAAUUGUGGUUCCUAAAUUCAAUGAUAGACAUGCAAAUAUGCCUACAGAAAGGUUUCUGCAGCAAGUUGAUUGCCACACAUGUAUUGGAUUUAAACACAUGCUUAACAAACAUGCAAUGUCAAAAUGUACCAGUGCAUGCAAUAGCUAUGUCAUUUCAAAAUAUUAUGAGGAAGAGCCAUUUAUUUAAUUUUUUUUUUUACAAUAUCUGAAAAUAAAAUUGAAAGAAAAUUGUUAAAAACCCAUCAAAACACCAAACAAAUAAUUCAUAUUUUAUGUUCUCAUUAAUCUAUUAUCUUUUUAUUUAUUAAUUUAUUUUCUUUUGAUCUAUUUUGCAAAUUCCCAUAAAAGAACUACCAUAAAACUCCAAAUUAUCUUUUUUUUCUCCUUUGAUUAUCAUAUCAAUAACUAUUGUAACCACAUCGGAAGCCAUUCUGGUAUUUCACACAAAUUCUACCUUUAUUUACGUUUUAUUAGUUCCGGUUUAAUAUUGACAUUACCCAUGCACAAAUAAGUAAACUGUGUCUCUUAAACAUAGCAAAUUGUCCCGCAAAUACAAGCGGGACUCACACUUUCAUGUAUAAAUUCGAAGUAUUCUUCGUCUUAUCCAAAAAUCGAUCAUAUAUAUGUAGCAAAUUGUGACUAUUACCCACGUGAGAACUAGAAAACAGAAUUCACACCCACGGAAACAUCAAAGCAACACAUCAACAAUAAGCAGCAAUAAAUGCCCUGUACUUGUUUGCUAAAUUCAUUAUUGUUUUGAUACUUCACACACAAAAAACCUAAUAAGCAGUAUAUGUUAGUCCAUUAAAUCAAUUCCAAAUCGAACAGCAGAGGUGAGAAAUAAAGUCUUCUGGCUACCGAUGGCCUGGUGUCGACACGAGUUUUAUUAACGCACAGAAUAACUACAAAUCACAGCCAUAAUACAUAAAAUACUAAGUUAAUUACACUGCAUAUAGACAACAAACGAUCUAAAACAUACUAUGUCACACACAAAACUUUGAACUAGCCAAAAAUAUGAAAUUUUCAAUUUGUAAAUAAUAUCAAUGGCAGUCUUUCUUUUUUAAAUCGGAUGGCGUUUUAAAUAAAAAAAAGUGAAAUGUCAACAUAAUUAAUAUAACUCAAUUUAUAAUGAUACAUGUAUAUAAUGUAUAUUUCAUAUAAUUUAUGUUCUAAAGUGACUAUAUGCAGUAGUAAUGCGCCAAGGGACUUUAUUUUCUUUGAUCAAAGCACCAUAAUACUACAUGAAUACUCAAUGUGUUUUGGAAGUUCCUUAUAAAAGUAUUUCCAAAUGGGAGUUGCAGAAAAGGUCUGAAUAGUUCACCUUAAAUGACCUCAUUCCCUGUUCACAAUGAUAACAGGGGCAGUCCUUUACUGCAUGCAGUUGUCUCUGAUGUGACCCAGAGAUUUCUACAUGUUUGUCCAGGAAAGCCGGAUGUUAUCAGCAACCCACAGACAAAUUACCUGACGAUGCCCGAUUUACGAUAAGUCCAGACGGAAUUCUGUGUCAGUGAUGAGACUGUCAAUGACAACAGACCCAGGGAACUCUAGACUGGUUCCUCUGUAUUGGCUGGGACUGAUAAAAAUGUGGCCCCUGCACUGUGGUUGGCAUUCAGGGUAUACGCGGAGUCCGCUGUGGUGCCCGCUGCGUGGAUGGAUGUUUAUGUGGUGGUCGAUAAGCUGUGGUUCCCUACUGAGCUGUAAUCUGGUGAUACCCACGUAACACAGGAAAGCCACUUCCCACAAAUAUCAAUUUAUCUUCCCCUGAUAAAGUUGACAUGAAAAUUUUUGUGUAAAGUGUAUUUAUCGAUGAGACAAAAGCAAGAUUCAAUAGACGUGGAUAAAUUCUUGUUUUAAAUAUUUGUGACUUUUCAACACAUUAACAGCCAUGUGACGUAGACCCUUAAAAAAACUCUGUCUGCAUCGCAGCUGACAUUUAAACUCUUUUCUUCUCAAUCUGUACCCUGUGACAAAAACAAGCAUUCCAGAAGGACCAAAUUUACCAAAUAUAUUUAAUUAAGAAAUAGCUGAGGUUUGACUGGUUCUGUUGCACCACUGUUUUGUAAUGUGCCGUAACCCUAUUGACUUGACUCUCGAUCCACAGACCACUACGUAGUAACUAUAGCAAAUGUCUGGUUAUCUUGGAACGUCCUGAAUAUCGCCAACUCCUGGUCCUCAGAAUUCUUGUUCCUCAUGAUUGUUGCUGUGAUCGAGGUGGGGGUGGGGCGAUACAAACACAGAUGACUUAUUACAGGUUUCUUCCUGUAAUUUCAUAAUAGUCUUUAUAUCAUUGGGUAAUAAAUCAGUUUAUUUCUCUCCUUUAUCUCUUUGUUCUUUGAGGACAUAGCAACCAGUAAUUCUGAAAAAUGAUCUACUAGCAAUCUACACAUUGAAACUGCACUUAAAAUUGUGCAAUCAGAUUUGCAGAUGUCAAAAUUGUAAUAAAUAAAUGCAAAAAAUUCUCCAGAAUUUUUUUAAUAAUUUAACAUUAAUUCUUGAAAAAAAAUUUGAAAACACACUUUGAAAAUAAUUGUUACAAAUAUUUGGGGAGUUUAUAAUCCCCAAUUUAGAAUACUUUUGGUAUUUACAAUAAUUAAAACACUGACAAAUGGGGUUUUUAAAAUGUUUUUAAUUAAAGUUGUUAAUGUUAAUAGGUGUGACCCUGCUAAACUUCCACUAACAUUAAAAUUCGGAUUCACACGUAACACGAUUCUGAUUUACACGUAACAGGUCUAAAUGUGGUGUAUUGGUGUUACAUGGUUACCCAGAUCAAAGAAAUACAGGCUAAUGUGUCGUUAUGGAUACAGUCUUUUGGCAGACCAGAUUCAUUCUUAAUUUAUAAAUAUGUCGAAAAUAACUGUCUGACAUUGAUAGAAGCUAAUGAACCAAAAAAAAAAAAAUUACUCAAAUAUAUAUACAAUGAAUUUAUCUCAUCUGAAAGGUUUAAAAGUUUCUGAUAAAAAAAUUCUAAUACAUGAUAUUUAACUAUUGAAAACUUCAAUACAAGACUGUAUCUAUUUUUUAUCAAAAAUAUUUCCCUGUAAAUCAAAACUUUUGUCAGGUUGGUGUAAGAACAAGGGUUGAAUGAAUUUACAAACAAGCCAGAUUUUAUUGACUCUGUCCCUACACUGUAGUUCCCUUUUCUGUGUGAGAAAUUUAUGACAUUGUUGCAGGCCCUUCAUUCCAAAAGCUCUGAGCAAUAAUUACAGUUUGGACUGAAAAAAUAUUGUUACAACCCCCCCAAUUAUCUACUGGUGUCAAACGCCCUGAACAAAUUGCUGUGAAGUUCAACAAGGCAUUUUAAAGUCAAAUAAGGUCAAAUUCUAAAAGCAGACCUUUAUCUCACUGUUCUUUAACAAAAUCAAGAUUUCCUUUAAUAAUUCUUUAAAAAUGAAAAAGAAAUCUGCUUAUUUAAAGAUAUAAAGUGGACUUUCCUUCUCGUUCAUUCGAGAUAUAUCUCUUAUUUUAACAUACUGCAGAACUUGUCUCAUAUCAAAUUAAAAUGCCUUGACAGGGUAUUUUCUUAAAGAAAUCCAUGUUUCUUUUUAUCUUUCUCCUUUGAUCAGUUUCAUCUACAAAAACAUGACAUAGCCCCAAGCACUGGAUUGCAGAUAGAAUUUCUUAUUUGCAUAUUUAAAAGAUACAUAUCACCAAAUAUCAAAGCCAAGACUAAUUUUCCCCAAACAUUCUAUAUUACAUAAUUCAUCAAUUUCACAAAAAGACAUUCAAAAUUUAUGCAGGCUUAAAAAGUGCUGAAACAUUUAUCUGCUUGAUAUCUAAGAAAACCUGAUAUCUAGUAAAUUGCCCAAUAAAAUUUCUCUGAUACAAUAGUUACAUAACAACAAUGAUCAGAAACUCAUAAAUAACUAAAAAUGCCUUGGACAGAUAACAAGAUCAAAUAUAAUCCCAUUUCUUCCCUCUUAAUUGACCUGUUUAUCAAGACUAACCACUCUCCAUAAUCAAGGUAGAUAACUGCUAAGAUCAAAGAGAGGGGAGCUCCUGCAACACAGUGCCUCAACACCCCUGUACUAUUAGGACUUGUGACAUAAGCACAGCUGUUGAUAGCCCCUGAAGUUAUGGAGUGGACCUGUUUUCACAGGUACUUCCCAAAAUUGACCAGGUCCUGAUAAUGAGAGCAAUGCCAACAGAACUUCCUACUCUGAGAGUACUCUAGUGAAUGAAUUGGACACCACUACCACUGCCUGACCUCUCAGUAUGGCGAAAAAGUACAGGAGGAACUCUUACAAAAGCCACUCAGCAUGACCGACACAAUGACUGUGAACUAUCUGUUCUUCCUCGGAAUCCUCAUUCCCUGCAUCAUCACCAUCGCUCUUUUCAUUGUGUUCAUCUAUUGCAUGCGAAAAUUUAGGAUCCGCAGAGAAAUUAUGACCAAGAAGCAUGAUCCACAUGGGCGGUUGCGGAAACUCCACGGGGCAUAUGCUCCUCCACCUCCUCCUCUUCCACCAAUGUGGAGCAGACAGUCAGUGCAAUUCAAACAGAAGGACAGGUUAAUAAGUGAGCAAGACAAUGAAGCAUAUGAUGAGACAGGUGAAUUAUCGCCUGACCAGCCGGGCAAUCAUCAACUUUACCAAACGUGUAAUGAUAGUGGGAUGUCUGAUCUCAGUGAACAACAGUAUCGAUAUGAAAGAGAGCGUCCUUAUUCCCAAUCCUCCACCGAUUCGGAGGAUUCCGGAUUUCGUAGUUCCAGAUCUGGACAAUAUCUACAUAGUGCACAAAAUAGCAAUACUCAAGACAUGCCUCUGUUUAAACCUAUAAAAUCUCACAGAGAGAGUUUAUCUGUGCAUCCGGGAUGUUCAUCCAAACAACCCAGCCCAAGUCAUCGAUCAAAUUCAAAAUGUGACUUUUGUCGAAGUUCUAGUCGACAGUGUAAGCAUAAAAACAGUCGUCCCUCCUCCAGGAGGAAAGCUUGCGAAAAGUCCUCAUCCGCCAUUCAUCAAACCCCAUCACCAACAUGUACAAAACUUGAUCCUGUUACCAUGACAUUUGUUAGCAACUCCUCUCCGUCUGCCCUAGAUCUCCUACCACCUCUACCCACCUACAGAAAAAGCUCACCAGAAGCUAUAGAUCUGCAGCAAAUAGAGACAGAUGUUAAACUCAGCCAUAUUCCUUCAAUUUCGCAGCAGUGUCGACCAUUGACAAUGACCACUGCUAUGGUGCACACUCCUCUCCAUCACUACACGGACAACACUCCCAGAAUGUCAUAUUCUGUUGUGUAAAACCUGCUCUGAGAGUGUUGUAUUUUGUUGUGUGAACCUUGCUCCCAGAAUGUCGUAUUCUGUUGUGUGAAACUUUCGAUGGAGCAUUAGAUGGAAUACUGUGAUAGAGAAUGGAGUGUUUGUAUACUGCGCUUAUCGUAGAAGAGGAUUAAUAUUUUGGUGAGGCGAUCCUUGUGCAAUUUUCAGACAGGAUGUAUCCAUUUAGCUUAAAAAGCAAGUACAUGCUGUUGACACUAUUUAUUUGUGUGAAUCUGUGAACUACAGAUUUAAAAAUGAAAAUCAAGAAAUCCCUAUCCUAAUUCUGACCUCUGGAAAUCCGCAAGGAAAACAGGAAAAGUCGCAUUCCCGAAAGCAGGACCAAGUCUGUGAUAUCCGAAAAAUGUCUGACCUAGCUACUUCCCAUUGUUUGUUUCUAAAAUAUUUCGUUUCCUGUACAAGAUUUUUUGAUGUGCAAAUGCAUUUAAAGUGUAAAUUAUUGUUUAGACAAUCAAAAUACUGCGAGUUUAAUUGGUGUUCAGUGAACCUCCUUGUUUAUGAAGACAAUGAACGAGAGGAUUUUUGCACAUCGACAGAGAAAAACAGGGAAUGGAGCUGGGUGAUUGUGAUGCAUGGCACAACAGUAAUGAAUGGAAAAUAUAUUUUUCAUAAUUUCUAUGUUGAUUAUUUAAAAGAAGAAGAUAUCCUUGCUUCUCAUAAGAAGCGUGAAAUAAAUAAGAAAAAGAAAUGUUA